AUUUCUGUUUUGGUCACGAAAAUUUAAUGAAUGUUGCCAUACUGUAAUAAUUUUGUUUGGUAAAUUUUUUUUAUAUUUAAAAGGAAAUCCAAAACAAGUUUUUUUUAAUAAUAUUUUGAUUGUAAUUAUAUCCAGCACUCACUAAUGGAUUGCAUAAAUCCUGAAAAGUUGUUUAAAAUUAUGAUUGCGAUUAUUUUGGAAACAGGACUAUGAAAUAUUGUCUGAGCAAUGUUUUAAAACCUUGUACAACACUGCGACAUAUGUUUUUUCUUCGUUUUUUGCAAAAUAUGUAGACCACAACAAACAUAAAGAUUAGGGAAAAUUUCGUUGAAUUUAGCAUAAUGACGGAUCAAGUGCGCGCGGGUUUAAGUAAUUUACCAAAGAAGUUUGAAUUCUUAACAACGCCAAUUUCUAGGGGAUCACUACGUGGGGUGAGGCGGUGCGCCGGCUGUGGACAGCUUAAUGGUGUACGCAGUUCUAUUUGUCGAAAUCAAUUUUGUAAAUUACGAAAAGAGGCGCUUCGUACGCAUAUACCUUUAGAUCCAGUGCAGCUGGAAUGUCUGAAUAAACAAAAGUCACUAUACUCCCUACGUAAAAAGGAACAAAAUGCACAACCUCGCAACUUUGUGUUACUUACAGCGACAAGCAAAAGCAAUGCGACAAAAUACGAAUGUUACACCUGCAGCCCAGGUGUACCAACUACGUCAGAUCUUUGCAAGCAUAUUUUAGCCUGUACAACCAAGCCAGAUUCGCUCCAGAAAGCGGAAGUCUUUAGUAUUUCCCGCGAUGUGUUAUGGAACUUGAAUGGCUUAGAUAAUGAGCAUAAAGAACGUUUGUGGAAUACAUAUCAACAAGAAGAGAAUAAUGUGCCUGCAGUGCAACGAAUUUCCAAUUCCUUAUUUGUAGUCAAGUGUGAUGUAUCAAAAGUAUUUCCAGCUGGUAGAUUACAUGUCACAGCUAUCAGUAAUGGCUGUUCAACAAAAAAAGGAAUAUAUUCCUGUUCAUGCAAAAAACUGAAAAUCAUUGUUGAACCUGAUAAUUCGGUUGUAAUGCAGGAAGAGGUGUGCGAUCACAUCUUGUUAGUUCUGGUAGCGGUUUUAAGUAACCGCAAAGGAAAAGCGUUAUUUGGAAAUUUCGCAAGCGCAUUGAAAUCGUAUUGGAUGCCGACUUAUAUUGAGACGCCAAUCGUUGAUUCAACACAGGAGGAUGCGCUAUUUGGUUUGAGCAUAGAUAUCGGUGGAAACUUUGACAUGGGCGGUGGUGAUAGUCGACCAGGCGAUGACAUUUUUAUUUAUAAUAAUGAUUUCAUGUCUGGUGAGAAUAUUCCGGACUUCGAAGACAUUAUUCUGAGUAAUCCAACAAACCCUAUAGAACAACUACAUAAACAUAAUAUAAUGGAUAAUUCUAUAGCAAUAAAUUCUACUACCAAUCACAACGAUAUACUACAUCCUGGUGAUCCGAAUUUAGGUUUAAGCUUUGCUAUUACUGCAGAGGACAUAGAAGAUAUCAAAUUUCAUGAUGCUCCAUACAUCAAUGGCGUUAAAUCUCUGUCAUCUUCAGCACUACCCAACAAUGUUACUACUGCACAUUUGGAACUGAGUGAUUGCAAAAUCGAGCUAAUGGACCAAUUUGAACUAACCGAUCAAAUUGACCUAUCGACAACUGAUGACAUCACGUUGCAGCAGGACCAUACAUGGCUAGGUAAUGGUAUAAGUAUAUUGGAAGCGCCAAUACUUAAUAAUACCACACCGAUCGAUAGCUGCGCUACAGAGUCGACAACUCUGGAAACCGCAAAUCUAACGCAUUCUACAACCAUUUACGAUAAUAAUUCGUUAUUAAAGUCCAAUAAUGUGGUCGAGGCACCACCAAUCGAGUUACCCACCAUUGCCGUGGUCAAGAAAUGUCCAGUUAAAGCUUCCGAUUUGGUGAAUAGUGUACAUACGCGUAAAUUUCCACCACUACCGGAAAAGAGAUCGAUAAUUGUUAACGGUGUAAAGACUUUAGAACAGCAUUCAGCACAUGUGGAAAGUAUAGUUUCAAGUGGCGACGAACCAUCGCUAGCCUUUUCAUCGUGGUUGGACUAUGUCAUUGAAGUAAUCAAUGACAGUGUUGGUAUUGUAGAAGAGAGGAGUGUAGAGCAUACGUUCCAUGUACAUGAGGAAAUAUUUGCACACUUUAGCAAAACCUUCUGUACCGGCGUAAAGUUGCGCAUGCCUAGCAGCACAACGGUCAUAAAAACGGGAAAAUACAAAGGACUUAUAAAGUACGUUUGGUACUUUACAAGUGCAUCGACUGUGCGUCGCAUUUUCACCACCAAAAAUAUUUCGCUAGAGACGGAACGCAUUUUUGAAUACAACUCCGAUGGCGAAUUUGUGCCAUAUGUCAUAAAACCUAUUGUGCCCACUACCGACGGCAAAUACAAGCGGGUGUAUCCCAAAAUGUCGCUAUAUAAGACACAUAUUUGGUUUGAAAGUGGCAGCAGCGAAUAUAAAAAUAGUUUUAAACUUGAGUGGCUACCCAGUGCAUUUCCAAAGAGUCACCAUGGCAUACUGAAACUGGAAUUCACAGUGCGUGUACAGGAUCCAGAGGAAAUGCAAAGAGCGAUUGCGGAAAGAGUUAAAUAAAUACCUCAGCAUAGCAAGCUGAUAAGUCACGUGAUACUCUUACUUCUAUAUAUGUAUAUAGUGUAUUAAACUGAGUGAAAAAUACUAAAAUAAAAGUUAAUCAUUUUUUAUAGCUCGUUAUUUAUCAAUAUCAUUUAAUUAAUUUCGCUGCUAACAUUGAUCAUAUAAUUUCCUUUUGUAAUUGAAUUAAGCAAAUUGCGUUCUUAGUAAAUGUUAUUGUUAAUUUAUAAUAUUUAUAUUUAAGCGUGAAGAACUUAAAAUUUUAAAGACAUUCAAAAUAAAGAAGAUAUUAAAAAUUAAUGAUUAAUUA